UUACUUUCUGACUUGUAUGUACCGCCAGCCACUUUCUGAUCUUUUGUGAUCUUAUCUUUCCAUUUUAUCUCUUUGUUUCCCUCCCCUAUGCUAUAUUAUCUCUGCUUUCCUUUCUGGAUUCCCUUCCCCCCUCCCCUUCCCUCUCCCUAUUUCGCUCUUCAACUCUGUCAUGUCACAAGUGAAGCUGCACCCCUGAAGCUUACACUCUAUCACAGUCCUAGAAUCAGCAGUGUGGAUUGAUUGAUAUCGAUAUAUAGUUUGCAUUGGAAUGAAUCGCCCGAAUCUGAAUCUUCAGUGCGAAGAUGAUCUUGAUUCCGAGGUCAGCAGCAAUCAAGUCGCCUCCUCAAACAUAUCCAACGACAGCAACAUGACCAACUCCUCCUCCUGCCUCACCAGUCAACUCGCCCUUGACUUGACCCUCGGCUCCAACAACGCCACCAGCUAUGGCGGGGAGUCGUUGAAGAGCAGCGGCGGCGGCGGUGAAGUGGUGGUCCCGCAUCCGCAAACCGGGCAGCUCUCACGGGUCUUCUCUUGUCACUUCUGCAGGCGCAAGUUUUACAGCUCGCAGGCUUUGGGAGGCCACCAAAACGCCCACAAGAGGGAAAGGACUCUCGCCAAGAAGGCCAUGCGAAUGGGGAUGCUCUCCGACAGAUAUGCCGCGGCCUUGGCGCUUCAGGGCCCCGCUUUCCGGUCCCUGGGCGUCGAGGCCCACGGCUCGGUGCUCCACCCGAGCUGCUUGCCCCGCCACCAACAGCCUGGGAGCAGUCCCUUCCAUGGCGGGGUCAGAGUUGGUGGGGCCCGGUUUGAUCAGCAGGCCUAUUUCGGCGUGCCUCUGUUGGUCGAGGAUGAUGACGGGGAGACGAUGUUCUGGCCUGGAAGCUUUCGAAGAGUCGAUGGUGGCAACCCCGCCGCCGGCCAUAUCUCUAACGUGAGCUUCGUCAAACGCAAUCCUAGCACAACCCCGGACCUAAAUUUGAAACUAUGAUCUGAUCCAUGUCUUUUUCUUUUUUAAUUUUUACCGGCUGUCGGUUUUUACACCAUCCAUUACAUCAUUUACCCCUUUUUCCCGAUCGAUCGAGAUGGAUUGAUUAUAUUCACGAUGUUCGUUGUUUGCCUAUACUGAUGUACAAUAUCCUUGCCCAUGGAAUUCAAUAUAACAAGGUGAUAAUUUGUGCUUAACUUUCGACCAAGC